UUUACCUUUUGGUAAAGUCAUGAGGUUUGUUGUAAAUUAUGGGGAAGCCAAAAAGUUCAUCCACAAAAUGUUGUAAAAGAAAGAAACAGGAUGAUCAUGAAAAUAUGUUCAAGAGAGGGCCUUGGACUCCAGAAGAAGACCAAAAGCUUCUUCAUUUCAUCCGCAACAACAAUGGUCAUCCUGGUAACUGGAAGUCUCUCCCUCAACUUGCAGGUAUAUCUCGAUGUGGAAAGAGUUGUCGUCUUCGAUGGACCAAUUAUUUAAGACCUGACAUUAGACGAGGUCCUUUCUCCGAAGAGGAAAACAAGAUUGUUAUUCAACUUCAUGGCCUCCUUGGCAAUAGGUGGGCUGCUAUAGCAGCAAGGCUACCAGGAAGAACAGACAAUGAUGUCAAGAACCACUGGAACAGCCACUUGAAGAAACGAAAAACCAUCAACGUUUACCCAGAAACUACACCAUCAAAGUCACAUACAACCCGUCAUAUGGUCCAAUGGGAAAGUAUCCGAUUGGAGACCGAGGCUCGAUUGUCAUUAGAAUCCCUCUACAACCCCUCAGGAUAUUCCAGAACCAACUCUGAUCACUUCUUUUCUAUGUGGAAUUCCGAGGUCGGAGAGUCCUUUAGGAAGAUCCAAAAUGCGCGGCCCUUGAAAAUCGAUCGUGUUUCACCUUCCUCAGAGGCUUGUUCAGGGGUAACAGGCCAAGUUCCGCAACACGUAGGUGUCAAAACAGAGCAGCAGCAGAGGACAGACUCAGGGUCUGUUGCAUCAGGUGACACUUCAGAUACAGCAAUGAACAUGUUGCUCGAUUCUCCAACCAGUGAAUAA